UUUUUUUUCUUGCAGGAGCAGCGGGAUGAAAGAAGGGUUCCCCAGAGAGGAGCAAUCCUAGCUGGUGGGAGAGGAGCCAGAGGUAUUAAGUGGCAGCUCUGUGUAAGGCAUUAUGAAAAGCCCAGAUAACCCAGAGGCAGGAGGGACCCCAGAGCUGGAAAGAUGACUGAGUGGCAGCGCAUCUUCCUCCAGAACCUCUCCGUCCCUCCCCAUCCCCAGCGAGGGCGCCAGCUCGGGAAGGAGUCCACGGCCUUUCAGUGCGUCUUGAAGAGGUUGGAUGGACUGCAGGCCAAGCAGAGGCUGCUGGAAGUGCUGUCGGGCGUGGAGUACCAUAUCCGGAUCUCUUUCUUUGAUAUAACCUAUCGACACUUCUUUGGGAGGACGUGGAAAAGUGCAGCAAAACCCCUGAAGUCCACACUGGGGCAGCAGCCCAGGAUCAUCUUCAAUGAGCCAGUGUAUUUCCACACGUCUCUGAAUCACCCAAGUGUCAUUGCGGUAGUGGAAGUUGUUGCUGAAGGCAAGAAACAGGAUGGGAGCCUGCAGACGAUGGCCUGUGGCUUUGGGAUUCUGCGCCUCUUCAGCACCAAGCCAGAAGCUACGGAUUCUCCUGCCCAGGACAGACGACUGAAACUCUAUCAUGGCACCCCCAGAGCCCUCCUGCACCCGCUUCUUGAGGACCCCGUCGAACAAAGCAAAUACAUGACGCUCAUCGAGAACUGCUGCAUUCUCUAUACCCUGAAGUUCCACCAUUUUCUGGAUGCCGUGUUCCACCUUCUUCCUGAGAACUUCCUGGUGUCUGGUUCGCAGAAAAUCCCCGGUUUACUGCCAGCACAUGGAGAGACAAAUGAUGCACUGCGGAAGCCUCGCCUCCAGAAGUCUGCCACGUGGUAUUUGGACAAUCUGCUCUUCAACCUGUAUCCAUCUCUUGAGAAGUUCGAGGAGGAACUUCUGGAGCUCCUCGGUCAUGACCGCUUGAGGGAGGGAACUUCUGUUACAUCUUUGUCCAACAUGGCCUACAUGCACUUAGUUCGAUGGGCGGUUUGGAACCCCUUGACCGAUGGCCUCUCUAAGAAGGUGGUGACCUUGCCCCUUCGAGGGGGACCUCAGCUCAACCCUGCCCACUGUUUGGUGUACAAGAUUCCUUCAAGUUCCAUGAGCUCAGAGGAGGUUAAGCAAGCUGAGUUGGGUACCGUCCAAUUCCAGUUCUCACUGAGCUCUGAAGAACACUUGGGAACCGCUCUCGAGCCCUCCAGCCCCAUGAAAGAGGAGCUACAGCACUCCAAGAAACCUCCCACAUCCCCUUCAACACCCCUCCUGCCUCGAAUGCCAUCUUCUGCCCACCUGUCUCCAGUGGGACCUGGACUGUCCAUCUCCCAGCUGUCUGCCUCUCCCCCUGCUUCCAUCAGGAGCCUCUCUGCCAAACCUCCCUUACCCAUCCAGCUCAACUCCCAAGUCUCCGAAGCCCUCCUAACCUCCUACGGAACCCAGGAAGAACUCUCCCCCAACAACAGCACAAUAGCUCAUCUGGAGGUUGACCUGAGUCAGAGAUCCCUCACUACAGAAUCACCCAGUGCUGAUCAGCUACAAGAAUUGCCUUUCACACCCUUACAUCCUCCAAUUAUCAUGAGCACUGAGCCUCAAAGUUCUAGAUCUAAGCUGUCCCGGGCCUCGCUCGUCCGCCUGCACACAUUGGGCUUUCCAGUAAUUCUGGACCGCAGCAAGCAUCCGGCUGAAGUUGUGGAUCCUGCCAUCCCUGUGAACUUUAAUCCUCAAAAGGAAGAGGCAGAUGUGCUACAGAGCAAUGAAAUAAUACUGCAGUUUCUUGCCUUCAGCAGAGCAUCUGAGGACCCCAGGGGAAUGCCAUGGCCAAAAACAGUAUAUUUCACCUUCCAAUUCUAUCGUUUCCCACCGGUCACGACACCACGGUUACAACUGGUGAAGCAAGACCAAUAUGGGAUGACUAACUCUAGUUCUCUGUUCCACAUCCUGGUUGCAAUUAACAAAGAUGGCUCAUGUAACAAUGACUCUCCUGGGCUCCAGCUCCAGUAUCUAGUGGAUCCUGCCUUCCUCAAGCCUGGAGAACAGCGGUGGUUCAUACAUUAUCUUGCCGGGCAGACUCUACAGAUCGAUGUCUGGGAUGGAGAUUCGCUGCUUCUCAUUGGGUCUGCAGCAGUACAGAUGGAGCACAUCCUCCGCCAGGGUCACGCAGCUGUGCAAGUCUCCCAUGAGCUCGAUGUGGUCACCACUGAAUACGAACAGGACACCCUGGUGGUGAGUGGAGAUCUCACCAGGCCUGGCACUGUCAAGCCCAUUGGAGUCCACCCUGUGGUCAGAGGCCGCCUGCACCUGACUCUGGCUAACGUGGGUCGUGUGUCUGAAAAGAAAUCAAAUGAAUCCAACUCAUUGCCCCCUUCACGAUCGCGGAUCAUUUCUUCUAAUGAUGGGACAAGUGGCUUCCAUGGAGGCAGUCUUCUUAGCUACGAGGGUCGUAGAGCUUUUAGAAAUGUGGCCCAAGCACGGAAACUAACCGAUGUGGACAGCGAACUAGCCGCGAUGCUCUUCACUAACAAGCAGGAGGGGAGCAAGAUCCAUCAGGUCACCAACCAAGAGGCAGAUGCCACACGGAAGCGGAAGCUUGAGAGGAUGAUGGUGGUACGGCAGCAGGAGUCUAAAACCAAUCUCAGCCUUGGGACCAAAAACCUGCUGAUUCAGCAUAAUGUCCAAACUCAGCACUCCCGGGAUCUCCAGAUUAUUGAUGCAUAUCGCGAGCGGACCAAAGUAGAGAGUAUCACCAACAUGCUCAACCUGGUCAUCACCACCCACCAUACUAUCUACGCCACUUUGGGCACUGCUGAGUUCUUUGAGUUUGCCCUCAAGAACCCCCACAACCUGCAGCAUACAGUGUCCAUUGAAAUUGAUAACCCAGAACUCAGUGUCAUUCUGGAUAGUAGGGAAUGGAGACACUUCAAAGAUACUACCAAAGUGCAUACGCCACUGGAGGAAGACAUGUUCCAUCUCCAUGAAAACCGCAUCCCACAACUCUACCUGCGCCCCAAAGAGAUGGUUCAUGUCCCUUUUAAAUAUCAGACUUUCUGCAUAGAUCCCACUGUCAUGAUGCAGCAAUAUCCUGCUGAAUGUAGAUCUGACAAUGUCCCAGAAGCCAUAUUGCCUUGGAAAUCCAGUGAAAUACCCACCAAGAGCAUUAAGGUAUCAUUUAGUGUGAGCAGUGGCAAACCCAUCGCUAUCCUGUGCAUAAACGUAGAGUAUCAACCCCACGUGGUUGAUCAGACAUUUCGAUUUUAUCAUCCGGAGCUCUCCUUCCUGAAGAAGUCCAUCCGGCUGCCUCCUUGGCACACCUUGCCUGGUGCCCCUAUAGGAGGAAUGCCCGGUAAGGAGCCCCAAAUCUAUGUUCGUUGCAGCGACCCAAAUGUCAUUUGUGAAACCAAAAAAAUGGGCCCAGGGGAACCACAGGAUGUGUUUCUGAAAGUAGCUGGAGGUCCAAGCCCACAGAUCAAAAAAUUCUUUGUUGCUCUUUAUAUGGAUUACUGGCUGACUACCCCUAUUCAGAUAUGGCAGAUCUACCUCCACUCUCUCCAGCGGGUAGAUGUCAGUUGUGUCACUGGUCAGUUAACCCGCCUUUCCCUUGUUCUUCGUGGUACCCAAACUGUUAGGAAAGUGAAAGUAUUCACUUCACAUCCUCAGGAGCUGAAGCUGGACCCUGACGAUGUUUUCAUGCUUGCGCGCAACAGUGUCUAUGACCUGCAGGUUGGCAUCAGGCCCCAGCGGUCUGGCAAUCGGUUCCUUUAUCUCAAUCUAGUGGAUGUGGACUACCACCAGCUGGUGGCCUCUUGGCUCGUGUGCCUGUCCAGCCGACAGCCUAUUAUUUCCAAGGCUUUUGAGAUCACGUUGCCAGCUGGUUCUGGCAAAGGUGCCAACAAGAGGAUCACGUACACCAAUCCCUACCCUUCGAAAAGAGUGUACUAUCUAUUUACCAACUACCCGGAUCUGCUACAAUUCAAGGAAGACUCCUUUGAGGUUGAUGCUGGAGAGACAUAUACCAUAGGCCUGCGGUUUGCUCCAAGUAACAGUUCAGGAAUGGAGGAAAUUCUGAUUUACAUCAAUGACCAUGAAGAUAAGAACGAGGAGACGUUUUGCGUGAAGGUCAUCUACCAAUAAAGGGGAGAACUUUAAUCAGA